AAUUCCCACAAACGACCCAGCGACCAGCAUCGCCUUCGUCAUUACAUCGCAGCGUUCUCUCACUCACACACUCUCUGUGAGUAUCUUCGACUCCAUGAUAUGCUCCUUCGUGAAGCGUGAACUUCGAUUUCUCUUCCGAUUUCUACUGCGUUUUGUCCUUCGAUCCUUUACCAGAGCCAUGGGUUGCUUCCUCGGCUGCUUAAGAGCCGAAGACGAUGACGAUCGCCUCCUCCCUACGUCUCAGCAGCACAAAUCCAGGGGACUUGUGACAUCUCAAAAUCCCCUAUGUUUAUUUCUAUCUAAAGCUUUAAAAAGAAAAGAAGCUUCGCUGCGUCUUGAUAGGGACAAUCUUGGUUUCGGAUCUCAGAUAGAUGACAGGGGGCUCAAGGAAGAGGUAACGUCUCUGAAAACCAGCGAUUCCUCAACGUCUGACAAAUUGAAAGUGUUACCUCGUGGUAAAGAUUCUGAGUCUUCAACGUUUCAUUCUUGCCUUCCCCACAAAUCUUUCGAGAAACUUCAGCUGGAGGUUCAAUCUUCGAUCCCUGCAACUCCAAUAAAGUUUUGUGAAGAAUGGGAAAACGGCAAGGAUUCUUCAGCGCGUACACCUUGCAGUUCUACCGUUGGACACGAUACUCAAUGUGACUCUCACUGCUCAAAGGAUGAAAGAACGAAACAGAACAUUCAUACUGUACAUGGCACUUGUGGCAAUGAGGUUGAAAUUGAUGCAGCGGGGAAAAGCAAGUCAUUACGUUUUGAAGAAUGCGAGGACGACUUGAGUUCCCGUGGAUUUAAACAAUCACCUCAUCCUACCCCAUUAAAAAUAUCUGAUGAGAUGCAGACACCUGGGACUGUUUACCCUGCCACAUUCAAAAAUCAACCAAAUGGUCAUAAGCCUCGAGUUAUUAUCAGCUCCCAGAUUUUGUAUUCGGAUAACCAUCUGGCUAAGAGCAUCUCUCAGUGCGAGAUACUUGAAGAAGAAGAAGAAAUUGUUCACCUUGAUCAAGACUCAGGUGAGCUGAGUAGUUAUAAAAAUGGGUUAAAGGAAGUUUCUUAUGAAAAUGAAUGCAAGGUAGAAGGAAGCUUAUCAGUUAUUAAGGAGGAGAGACACAGUGGGAAGGAGACUUCACAUGAUCAGAUUCCAAACUUAUGCAAAAGUCCUACAGAGAGACCUGUCCUUGGGAUAGUUGCUGCUCGCUGGAAUGAAGAUGAGAAGCUUCAGAUUCCAUCCCCAGAGUCUUGGUAUGACAAUGGCAUACCAAAUACAACGAAUAAGUACAAGGAAGAUCAGAAAGUGAACUGGCAUGCAACACCAUUUGAAGAGAGGUUGGAGAAGGCAUUGUCUGACAAGAGUUUUAUCUCUCAAAGGAACCAUGUAUGUGGAAAACCAAAUACCUUUGAGAACGAAGAUACUGAGAUAUUUCAGCUGCAACCUUCAACUCCUCCAAAUCUGUAGUCUCUUAAUCUCGUUCUGAAAAUUGUUGUAAAUCAUCUUCCCAUUAAAGGUGGCACAUAUACAUCUUUCACGACGAUAUUUCAAAGGUAAUAUACGUUGCACACAGUGGGUGUGUUUGAUU